AACGAAACGUGCGCGAACAAGAAAACACGCGAAUGUAACGUGCGUCGUCAGGCCCGCGUUACGACAGCUCGCCCUGUGUUGCCAUCGUUGCCGUAAAGCGCUUUGUCCCGACCUGCCAGUGAAGAGACCGAAGGCCUGGAAGCUUUUAAAUUCAUAGACGAUGAGAGCAGACUCGUCCAAACGCACCUCCGUGUUAUAGACAGUGUUGUAGUCCUUCUCACGAUGAUCAUAGAGAAUGUGGAAGCCUUGAAGUCGUGGCUUGCAAAACUCCUGGAGCCAAUAUGUGAUGCUGACCCUUCUGCGUUAGCCAACUACGUGGUGGCUCUGGUGAAGAAGGACAAACCAGAGAAGGAGCUCAAAGCACUUUGUGCUGAUCAGCUUGAUGUCUUCCUACAAAAAGAGACAACAGGAUUUGUCGAUAAACUUUUUGAAUGCCUGACGACCAAGAACUACCUGGGAAGUCCCGCUGCCAAGGAGGCUCCUAAAGAGGAGGUCAAACCACCAGCAGUCAAGCCGGAUGUUGUGGAGGCUGAAACACCAGAGGAUGAGAGAGAAAACAGGUGGAGGAGAAGUCCUCUGAGAAAUCGCUCUGACUUUGAGUCCAGGAACCGUGAUGACAGAAGGCGAGAUGAGCGCAAGCGCCGCGACUUCGAUAGGCACGGGAAAAGCAGCAGCGACUCCCACCGUGAGCGGGAGCGGCAUGAACGCCGCAGGGGCAGCCCCCGGGGGAGGAGCUACAGCCGCAGCAGGAGCAGGAGUGGCAGUCGAGGAAAGAGCAGGGACCGGGAGCACAGAGGAGGCAGAGACUUUAAGUCAAAGUUUGAGGUGGAAAGAAAGGAUACCGACGGCUACAACUCUUCAACCACGUCCGGCCCCCAGCAGCAGCACCCGCCGCCUCUCCUGCCCCUGCCCACACCUCCGCACCCCUUUUCCUCCUCUUCCUCAUCGGCCGCUGGCGUCUCAGGAGCGGGAGGCGUUCCUGUAGCAACACUGGCUCACCUGCCUGAUAGCACUACAGACAGCUGGUCUGGCUACUAUGGCACCCAGAGGCCAGAUGGUGUCGGGAAGCCAUUCAGCAACAAGGGUGUUUCACUCAAACAGCGUUGCAGGGAUUAUGAUGAAAAGGGAUUUUGUGUCCGUGGUGACCUUUGUCCAUUCGACCACGGCAACGACCCUCUCAUAGUGGAUGAUGUCAAUCUACCAAAUAUGAUUCCGUUUCCACCCCCGCCUGUUAUGCCCCCCGCUGGCCUGCCUAUGCCCCCCGCUGGCCUGCCUAUGCCCCCGAUCACUGAGCCACCCCCUAACCUCAGGAUACCUCCGAUGCCUCCUUACGGCCAACCACCACCUCCGGGCGUCUUCCCAAUAAAUGGACCCCCACUGAUAGCAACUAGUGGGAUCGAUACCCCCAACCACCAAUCGGCAAUCGCUUCUUCUCCUCCUAUUGGACCGCCUGGUGUAGGACGGCCACCAACUCUUCCUCCUCCUCCUCCACCUCCUCCUCCUCCUUCAUCCUCGUCUGUGUCUCUUCAUCCCCAAUAUGUCCAGUCUGAAUACAACUAUGAUCCAGAGGGCUACAACCCAGAAUCCCCAGCCUUGACGGCAGCAGGUCGUAACCCGUACCGUCAGUUUAUUCCCCGAGUGCAGACCCAGCGCUCCAACCUCAUCGGCCUCACAUCCAACGAAGGACAAGGAUCCAGAGCUGCAAACAUAGUGAUUCAGACAGAGCCAGUCCCUGUAGCCAGUGCUCCCAGAACUAACGUGCCCAGUUUCAACGCCGAGCAGGAAAACAGGAAGAGAACCAUGGGACAUAAUGCAGCUGAAGGACCAGCAGCUAAAAAACCCUGGAUGGAGAAGACAAACUUUAACAAUCAACAUAAGAGCAGUUUCCCUAAGAGAAAUCACUACGUGAACACCAAGCUGGAGGUGCGCAAGAUCCCUCGAGAGCUCAACAAUAUCACCAAGCUCAAUGAGCACUUCAGCAAGUUUGGAACCAUUGUCAAUAUACAGGUUGUGUUUGGUGGAGACCCAGAGGCAGCGCUGAUUCAGUACACAAAGAAUGAAGAAGCCAGACGGGCCAUAUCCAGCAUCGAGGCGGUCCUCAACAACCGCUUCAUCCGUGUGUACUGGCACCGCGAGCCCGGCACCAACCCAACAGGGCUUCAGCAGCUGGAGCAGAGCUCAGGGAGCCAAGUACCUGGUUCGACCCCCAGCCAGGGGCCGCAGCACAGCAACGUGCAUAAGGGAAUAAAACAGCACUGUCCAGCCGCCUAUGUGUUGAACAAGACUGUACCAAAGCACCGCCUGGCAGCAGCGGCUGGGGCCACAGCUGCAACCAGGCCAGACAGCCUGAACCCAAACACAGAUGCUGCCAAUGUGGCGCCUGCACUGACAAACCCCCAGAAGAACCCCUACACUUCCACAGCCCUUAAGUUGUCCUCAAAGAGCCUUGGGAAAACGGGAAAAGCACUCGAAGCACAGGAAGUCCUCAAGAAGAAACAGGAGGCAUUCAAACUCCAGCAGGACAUGAGAAAGAAGAAGCAGGAGAUGUUGCAGACACAGAUCGAGUGCCAGAAGGCCCUGAUAAACAGACUGGAGAAGAACCGAGGGAUGAAACCUGAGGAAAGAGCCAACAUCAUGAAGACCUUGAAGGAGAUGACAGACAAGAUCACACAGCUGCAGAAUGAGAUGAAUCCUGCCUCCCAGAUCUCCAGCACCAAGUCCAACCACAAUCAGUCCAAGACCAAGACUGAUGCCCAGAAGGAACUGCUGGAUGCAGAGCUGGACUUUCACAAGAAAAUGAGCUCUGGAGAGGACACGACAGACCUCAAGAGAAAACUGGGGCUGUUACAGGUGGAGGCGACACGGUUGGGUCUGAUACGGCCUCCAACAGGUCGAGGUCGGGGUCGAGGGAAGAUGGCACUUGAGCCUGGCUCGAUGCACGUGGGCCGGGGGAGGGGCCGAAGCCGGGAAAUGAUGGCUAGAGGCGGGGCCGUGAACCGUAUGGUGGUCGACCACAGACCCAGAGCCCUGGCUAUUUUGGGGGUUACUCAGCAGGAGAAGGAGGAGCUUAUGCCGCACUUUGUGAAAUUCGGGGAAAUUGAGGAUCUCCGUGACCAAGACGCUAACAGUGUCGUCAUGACCUUUAAAACACGAAGCGAAGCAGAGAAUGCAGCUAACCAGGGAGCUAAGUUCAAAGGUCGAGUGCUGCAGAUUUCCUGGUACAAACCCAAGACACCCUCUGUAAACACGGAGCCAGAGGAGGAAGAAGCUAAAGAUGAGGACAAUAAGAAGGAGGCUGGCUCUUAUUUGCCUGGUGAGGAAGAGGAGGAGGAGGAAGACGACGACGAAGACGACGAGUACGAAAGUCGAUCAUGGAGACGGUGAAGGCUACCUGAUUCUCCUGUCACCUGCUGUUCAGCGAAAUCAGUACCUCCCCUCACAUGAAGAUUAAAUCAAUACAACGGAACUCACAUUUUUUUCCUUUCCAGUAUUUUCAAACUAAGUAAUUUUAAACUCUGAUCAAAGUAAAAACAUCUUUACUUUAUUGUUCCUCGAAAGACGUUUAGGAGGUCGAUGUUUUUUUGUAUCCCUCGACUAAACAAUUAUUUAAAACAUCUCACUUUUGCUGAGAAAGAUAAAUGUUAAGUUGUUCUUAUAGAUAGAAAAAAACCUAUGUAAGUUGGAGUGUGCUUACCAGAUGAUUAAUAUCAGUAAUGCACAACAUUUGUGUCUACUGUGAAUAGGUAUUUUUAUACAUACUGUAUUUAAGCUCUUUUCUCACCAGUUUUUUGAAAACCUUGUCCUCCGUUCAGGGACAGCCAUUCCAUCACCAAUAGAACGUUCUCUGUCGCUGCCAGAGAGAUACUUAUUUAUUUUUCUACUGUGCCGUACCUAUAUUGGCACAGUUUGGUAUGGUUCUCAUUUUCAUUUCUUUUUUUUCCCCUCACGUUUUUCUGACACCGGCCUCUGUGCGCUGGCAUGAACACAGUCUAGUUUGUGCAUGUUGUAUUCCUAAACAAACGGAGCCACUCCCUCCGAGCACCCAAAAGUGCUGAUGCUGUACCAUGACAAUAUUCGAGCCAGUGCAGGUGCAGCUGGAUUCCAGUGCAAUAGAAAAGAACUCAAAACAAUGUUUACAAAUUACCACGUCCAUGCACGUCGCAUACAGAUUUCCCCCUUGUGUG